AAGGGGCUGGGGGCGGGGGGAUGGUGAGUCGGAGAUAAACACUCCGCGGCGGUGGCGGCUGCUGCUCUUCUUCGGGUUCUGUCACGGUGUUGGCGGUGCCCAGCUCACCGGCCGGCCCCCCUCCCCCUUCCGGCGAGCGCGGUCGCCAAAGAGGCUUUCUCAACCCUGCUCUGCGGGGUCCACAGCAGGGUGCGGGUGUCCGGCGGCGGCGGCGAGCCCGUGGGCAGUGGGGGUUGGUCCCGCGGCUCCGGCCCCCGGUGCAGAAUGGCGGCGGCGGUUCGGAUGAACAUCCAGAUGCUGCUAGAGGCGGCCGACUACCUGGAGCGGCGGGAGAGAGAAGCUGAACAUGGUUAUGCCUCCAUGUUACCAUACAAUAACAAGGACAGAGAUGCCUUAAAACGGAGGAACAAAUCCAAGAAGAAUAACAGCAGUAGCAGAUCAACUCACAAUGAAAUGGAGAAGAAUAGGCGGGCCCAUCUUCGCUUGUGCCUGGAGAAGUUGAAGGGGCUAGUGCCGCUUGGACCUGAAUCGAACCGACACACUACGUUGAGUUUAUUGACAAAAGCCAAAUUGCACAUAAAGAAACUUGAAGAUUGUGACAGAAAAGCCAUUCACCAAAUAGACCAGCUUCAGCGAGAACAGCGACACCUGAAGCGGCAGCUGGAGAAGCUGGGCAUCGAGAGGAUACGGAUGGACAGCAUCGGCUCCACUGUCUCCUCUGAGCGCUCAGACUCCGACAGGGAAGAAAUCGACGUGGACGUUGAAAGCACAGACUAUCUCACGGGGGACCUGGACUGGAGCAGCAGCAGCGUGAGCGAUUCCGACGAGCGGGGAAGCAUGCAGAGCCUCGGCAGUGACGAGGGCUACUCCAGCUCCAGCAUGAAGAGGAUAAAGCUCCAGGACAAUCACAAGACGUGUCUGGGCCUCUAAGAGAGCGUGGUCUCCUCGGCUGCCUCCCGAUGGUUCUCUCGGCGGACGGGCUUAGGUAGUGUAUUGGACCCGCCCACAGCCCCCCUGCACGUAAGCUUCCGUGUACCACCUCUACCAAACUCAGCUUUGUAAACGUUCUCGCGGAAGUGCUUAGGAUUGUGGGUUUCUGAUUGCAUCCACUAGCUUCUCUCUCUGUCCCUAAAAAUUCAUCCGAGAGACUGUACAUUCCAAUCAAUUUGAAGCACCCAAGAAUUCUUAGACCGAAUAAGCAACUUUCACAUCUCAGCAGUUUCCCCCCUCUUCCUUACCAUCCCCGUGUAGUCUAGCAAACCUUUCUUAGAGUUUUCUGGCUAUGUUACUCACCUAGCAGAAAUGUCCGAAUGUGUCUUGUGCUUAGGAACCUGAAGGAAACAAACUUUUAAAGUCGAGAUCCUGAUCUCAGAACUCCAAAGCAAGCUUUGAAAGCGGCGUUUAAGAGCACUUAACUGUGGACCUCACCCCCCGUGAGGAGUCAGGAAUACCUCCAGAAAACACCCCCUCACACACACCCUGCGCUGCUUCCCCGACCCGCGACCCGCGUGUGGAUGGGAGCAGUACUUCUCACUUUAGAAUGGACAUCUUGAUGGCAGGUCUCUGGGGCUGCACAGCUUUAUCAGAGCUCCAGCGGCGCUCGUUCCCACCCACCAGACGGUACAAUCUCUGCGAUGUGCUCUGGGCCGCGCCGUCCACUGCUGUCCCAAGACCCGUUUUCCCCCCCAAGUUUGUUAUGCUACUUGUCUCUGGAACAUUUUUUUUUCCUACCUCAGAGAUAAAUGAGAUCUCCAUUUCCCACUUAACACAAAGCGAUUAUGCCUUUUUUUCACCCCCAAAUAAGUGACACUUGGUCCAAUUCUAAUCUAUUUUCCUAUCUAACUUUCAGCAAUAACUGAGCUUUGGCACUAGCUGAGCUAGUGUCCAUCAUCAGUGAAAGGAAAAGUCCACAUUUCUACUCUGUUGCAGGUGAACAGGAGGGGAGGGUACAGUGUUAUUAGAAUUCCUCUCCUUAUUUUUGGAUACGCCCAGAAUCUUCUUAAUGGAGGCUUUUGGGUUGCUAGUUUAAAAGGCUGAUCUUUCUUUUUGGUUAUGAUUUCCCCCUUAAGUGGUCUCCCACUUUGUAGCAUUUUUAUUUAAGCUAAAACAGAGCACAUGUAUAUGUACAUAAGACACAUUAAAUCUAUAAAUACUAUUUAUUCAUUUUAUAUAAACUAAUGUAAUGGAAAACAAAUUCUUAUGACUUUGUGCUUUUAUAGAUGUUCUAGAAACUUUGUAUGUAGGUAUCUACAAAAUUGGUUCGUUCCCCUUAAUAUUUUUGCAUUCAUAUUUUUGACGUCGAGGUUUUCCACCUCUGACGAGUCUUUUUCAUUGAAUUUGAACCAUUUGUAAACCCUGUGACGCUGAAACAGAGUGUGUGUCACAAAGUGACGAGAACAUUCCUAAAAUCCACAGACGCACUGCAACCUAAGGGCUCCAAGGCUGCACCAGCCGGCGGAGGGGUGGGGGGGCGGGCAGCCGCCCAGCGCUCCCCGCCGCCUUCGGUCUCUGGCCCCCUCCCAGCCUCACCAUGCCUCCAGCGCCUCCGCCUUCCACACAACUCAGAGUUCAAACGUGCUCCACAAGGAAGCUCAUUCUGCACGUGAAGAGCGGGCCAAACAAAGAUUACUUUUGUUUUUUCAUUUUAAUGAUUCUCUAUUAAAAAAAUUUUAAUCGGAAGUAGUCGAUUCCUAAAUGCUUCCAAAUUCAUCUGUCAUUCUUCUGUUUUUUUUUUUUUCCUUCAUUUCAGCUUUGGGUGGGGGGAGGGGCAGGUGACACAAAGGAUUUUUUUUAAUUGGAAUCUUUUCCAAUGACCAGCUGAAGAUUUGCACUGAAAUACAACUUGUAUGCCUUUUGCAUUUUUAAAGCCUGCUUCCUGAAUUUAAGCAGAGUGAUAGUGUUGAAAGAGCCAGCUCAGCCUGUAACAUGUUUGAAAAGAUGUAUCUGCACUUUGAGGUCCCUUUCGAAUGCCAUUCACAAGACCUCUCAAGCAUUUUAAUUGCUACAUUCAAGCGCCUCACAAGUCCAAGAUGCCAGAUGCCUUAAGGCAUCGAAAACUCAAGACUUUGGGCAAAGCUUGUGGGCUUGCAUCGGGGGAGGGAGGGGAACAGAAUUUGUGUAUUUGAGUUCAAAAUAAGGCAUCUGAGAGAUGCCAUUAUUUUCUGUGUUUAAGUUAAACUGCAUUUUUGUCUUUUGGUUGAAAUGUACUGUCCCAAUAUAAAACAGUCAUUAUUUGACCUUUGCA